AUGCGCGCUUUAGUUAUUUUCGCACUUCUCGGUCUCAUCGUGGCUGUGACCGCCGCACCACCACCAGAAGCAGAGGCUGUAGCAGCACCGGCGGCCGAUAAGGAAAGCGUUAAGAGUGCUGAGAGCGGUGAGAACGCAGCGAACGAUGAAAAUGUAGAAUAUGAAUACUACGAAGACGAAGAACCUUCUGAAAGUGACGAGGAAGGUAUAGAUGAGGAGGGAGAAGAAGGCAGUGAUGAAGAGGGCGAAGAAGGCGACGUGGUAUACGAAGACGAGCCGGAAUAUUACCACAGCAGUGAGGACGAUGAGGGAUCCGAUGAAUCUGCUGAAGAACCUGCUGCCAAUGCUUUUCUAAUAUAA